GAGCAAGAGAGGGACCGCGAGAAGAGGCUGGCCGAGGACCUGAGGGGGAAGCUGCAGACCAAGGAGGGCGAGGCCGACACGCUCAGACGACGACAGGAUGCUGAGCGCCGCCAGAAUGACCGCCGCCUUGCAGACGCCAAGGCCGCGCACGACAAUGAGCUGGCCCAGCUGAGGGCCGAGAACGAGAGGCUGAAGCGGGAGAGGGAGCAGGCACAGACGCACGACAUGUUCGACCAGCACGACGCGCGAAACAACGGCAUGGCCCCGCGGACCAGGAGGGGUCUUCCAUCGCGGCCAAAGCCUGCCUUCACAGCAGCGACGAGUCCAGCUGGGACACCAAAGCGCGCGCAGAAGACGAGGGCGCCGCUCGCAGACGGCUUCGACGACGACGAUGUCAUCAUGGCCUCCCCGUCCAAGCAUCGUGAACGGCAGAAGACUGCAACGCCGAGGCAGGCCGGCAAGCGGAAGCGGCAGGCUAUCGACCAGAGCCCCAUACCCAUGCCUGCUCUCCAGCUGAGCGCGCCCCGGACACGACCCAAGGAGCCCGAACCGCCUGCCCAGCCACGAAUUGAUGUUGCCCUCCUACAGCACUUUCGAAAGGAAGACAGCCGUUUCACCCUUCUGCACCGCCUGCUGUCGCAUCGAUCGUCAAACGGCACAGACCGCAUCCUGGAAGCCCUCGCCCAGCAUGCCUUCCCAUCGCAGCCCUCAAAGAAGCUCUCCUCCAUCAUCUACGACACUCUGGCAGUUGCGACCAUGUCGGACGUGCAUGAGCUAGCCCUGCAAAUCUGCCACAUCUUCCUCGACCUAUGGCAGCGUUGUCUAGACGAGAAGCAUUAUGCUUCAACGAAUUUGAUUUUUGACGCCCUUCAUUUUGUUCUUGCGUGUGAGCCAGGGAAGACGGCUGUGAAAUUGAUCGAGCGAGCUGUGCCACUCAUCAUCGCCUCCAUCGAUCUCUUCGCCUACCCCCUCGCCAAAGCAGCAAAGCAGGGCGGAAAAUCCAUCGAAACGUUAUACUCCGCCGCCCAGCGCGACAUCAGAAACCAGAUCGACGCCUUGGAUUGUCUAGAGCUCCUCUACAUCUUGGCCACAAGCUGCGUCUCCUCGACAGACGCCGAUGCCGUAUCCCGUCUCUGGCAAAACAUCCCCUCGGAAACCGCAGUCAUGCUCCUCAACAAAGAGCACCCACAGCCCCAAAUCACCCUCAUGCUCCGCAUCCUCAGCACCUCCGCCCUCCCCACAUCAAUCGGCCCCAUCGUCUCCUCCGACACGCAGAACGACACACAAGCCGCCCGCGAAGACGCCCUCAUCAACCGCCUAACAAACAUGUUCACCGAAACCCCCACUCCCAUCCCCGACCCCUCCCUACAACAACAACAACCACCCCCUCCCACCCCCACCUCCGACCUCCACGUCUGGGACCUGCGCCUCCUCGUCCUCUCCGUGCUAACGCAAUUCUCCAUCCCCGUCACGGGCUGCACCCGCCUCGCCACAAACAGCCUGUGCAUCGGCCGCCUGAUAAAAUACCUCGACACGUGCAUCACAUCGCUAUACGCCGCCAUGCGUAUCUCGUUUCGCUCACGCGGUUAGCGUUUAGCGAGGGGCUGGUGCUGGAGGCGGGCG